AUGCUCUUCGCCGCAGCAAGCGUCUUAUUGAUUCUGAAAUAUCUACUCGGGGCUCUUUUCAACCCUUUGCGUGAUGUGAAAGGCCCUACACUUGCACGAUACACUCGUUUAUGGGAGACGUACAAGAACUGGCAAGGCCAAUUGGAACAAGUCACAAUUGCUUUACAUAAACAAUAUGGAUCUAUUGUACGACUGGGUCCCAACCGUUACAGCAUUAGCGACCCGACGGCGAUUCGCACUAUUUAUGGCGCCGGCUCAAAGUUCAGCAAAUCCGAUUACUAUACCCUGUUUGGUACACCAUUAGACCAUAAGGAUGUCUUCUCAGAGACAGUCAAUGAGAAGCAUGCCGCGGAGCGCAGGAAGAUCUCCAACAUGUACGCCAUGAGCUCUCUGGUAUCCUAUGAACCAUUUGUAGACAAGGUGAAUGGUGAUUUCAUGGCCGCUUUGACCGAUCAUGCUCAGCAUGAGCGGGUGUUCGACUUGUUUACUUGGAUGCAAUUCUACGCGUUUGACGUCAUUGGUGAAAUCACCCUAGGUCGAUCGUUUGGCCUACUCGAAGCUGGUCACGACAAGGACGGGCUUCUGCAUGCGGUUCAUGUCGGGUCAAUCAGUUACGGUUCUACAGUUGGUCUCAUUCCUGAGAUUCAUCGAUGGUACCAGUGGCUGCAAAAAGUGCUCCCUAUCGACAGCCACUGGAAAGUCACACAACGAGUGAUACUGAGGGAGAUUGGUGCCAGACUGCAGGGAGUCAGUACCAGCGAUCGCAAGGACUUUCUUGCAAAGUGCAUUGAAUUGAGCAAAGCUGGAAAGCUGGAUCAGUCCACAAUUAACAACGUACUUGGCACCAACAUUGGCGCUGGCUCUGACACGACUGGUAUCAGCAUGAGUGCUAUCAUCUACUUUCUCAUGAAGCAUCCCAGUUGCUUGAAGACGCUCCGCGACGAAAUCGAGACUGCUGAGAGGGAAGGAAAUCUUUCUAACCCCGUUUCGUUCCAAGAAGCUCAAAAGCUUCCCUAUCUACAAGCUACUAUCAAAGAAGCCUUGAGACUGCAUGCAGCAGUCGGCCAGAUUCUAAGCAGAGUGGUUCCUGAGGGCGGUGCACAUAUCGCUGGGAGACACUUCCCACAAGGUACCGUGGUGGGCGUGAAUGCAUGGGUGAUCCACACGGAUGAAAAUAUCUGGGGGAAAGAUGUACAUGAAUUUCGACCAGAUCGCUGGCUGGUUGAUAAAGAGCAAGUUGCCUUCAUGGAUCAGAACUACUUAGCGUUUGGAGCCGGCUCGAGAACAUGCAUCGGCAAAAACAUCUCGCUCCUUGAAAUGACGAAGCUUUUACCCCAGUUAGCGCGGCGGUUUGACUUUAUUCCUGCAGGCGAUAGCCAGUGGACAACUAACAGUGGGUGGUUUGUCAAACAAAGUAUCCAAGUAAAGGUUAUCGAGAGAACAUGA